UACCUUUCCAAUAUGGCGCUGUUUACCUGUAAAACGCGUGCGCAGGUAUUGUUUGUUUACAUAUAUCGUCAUAUCCUCUGCCCCUCGUUCUGCCCCGCAGCAUGGCGGACACGCUCUGGUUACUACGGAAGUGAAUCUCGUCUAUUCAAUUAAAUAAUUUAUUUUUAAAAAUGAUUUCAAUGACCAAACAAUACAAAGCGAAACAAAGCUCGGGAUAUUACACAUCUUCCCAAGUCGAGGGUUUCUGAUCCGCUCCGCUCCACAUAAAUACACCGAAAAUCAGGUCAUUCCCACGCACUGAUCAUUCAUUAAUUUUAGAAAAAAUUUGAUAGAUCUAUAAAAAAAACUUGAGUGUAUACAUCGUAGAAACUUAAUUUCUAUCACAAUCAGUUGAAUGACCACAUUUAAAUUACAAAAUUUGGGCAUUUGGGCAAUCUGAUUAAAAUACAGAUCUCUCUCAAAUAGCGCACAGCUUAAAGAGCAUUUGGGCAUUGUGAUCACGUGUACAAGUAAUAGCACGUGUACGUAUGUGUGCGCGUGCACAUGGUUUAUCCACCCGUGACAUUUGUUUUGUAACCUACUGUCAUGACUGUGCUCUGGUAAAGUUAGAAGGGAUGCAAGCCGAGGGUCAGUAUCUUUGAUUCACUAACCUUAGACAAGAGCUGAUGUCACUGAGUUAAAAGUCAUGUCUAAAACAAAAGUGAACGGAGCCCACACAGUGGAUUUCAGUCAAUCCACAAACAUAGAAAGCAGGGGAUCCACCAUCUCCGGUCACAAUGUGGUUUACUCUGUGGAUGUCAGGAAGGGGCCAUGUUGUUGUGGACAGGUCACACAGAAGGAGAUCCUGAAAGGAGUGGAUUGCAUAUUCAAGCCAGGAAUGAAUGCUAUUCUGGGGCCAACAGGAAGUGGAAAAUCCUCACUUUUAGAUAUAUUGGCUGGUAGAAAGGACCCUAGUGGACUCCAGGGACAAAUUCUGUUUGAUGGAGUUCCUCCCCCUGAUAAUUUCAAAUGCAUGGUGGGAUAUGUUGUCCAGGAUGAUGUUGUCAUGGGAACACUGACAGUACGAGAAAAUUUCCAGUUUUCGGCAUCAUUGCGUCUGCCAUCAGGCCUUGGCAAGGCUGAGAGAAAUGAACGAGUGGAUACGGUCAUAAGUGAGCUAGGACUCUCCCACUGUGCAGACACAAAGGUCGGCAAUGAGUUUAUUCGUGGUGUUUCAGGUGGGGAGAGGAAGAGAACCAAUAUUGGCAUGGAGCUGAUUAUCUCCCCUCCUGUUCUGUUCCUGGAUGAGCCUACGACUGGACUGGACGCUAACACUGCAAACUCCGUUAUGUUGCUGCUGAAAAGGUUGGCUGUGAAGGGGCGAACCAUCAUCUUUUCCAUUCACCAGCCACGGUUUUCUAUUUACCGACUGUUUGACAGUCUAAUGAUGCUGUCAAUGGGAGAAGUGGUCUAUCAUGGUCCUACCAAAGAGUCUCUGGAUUAUUUCAGCUCAAUAGGUUACAAAAUCCAGGAGCACAACAAUCCACCUGACUUCUUCUUGGAUGUUAUCAGCGGGGACUUUAAUAUCGAUGUUGACACAGUCGACCCAGAAAAAACGUCAACAGAUGAAGAAAACAUUCAUGACCAGUUGAUACAAAAGUUCAGAGAGUCAAAUAUCAAUAAUCAGGUUCAAGGUGAAAUGAAGGCCAUUUUUAAUGAGUACCAGUCUAAAGUCGCCAGGAAUGAAGUGGUCCGCUUGCCUCCUGUAUUAUACAACUCGUCUUUCUUCAAACAGCUAAUGAUCUGUUCAGGAAGAACAGCCAAGAACAUUGCCAGAAAUCCCCAGACCUCCAUCAUGCAGCUUUUUGUGAUCCUGAUAUUUGCAGCCAUUGUGGGAGGAAUAUACUGGCAAAUUGAAGAUGACUGUAAAUCUGGAAUCCAAAACAGAGUGGGUGCUUUCUUCUUCAUCGUGAUGAACCAGGUGUUUGGAAAUCUAUCUGCUGUUGAGUUGUUUAUCAAAGAAAGAGCCAUCUUCAUGCAUGAAAAUGUUAGUGGGUUUUACCGAGUGUCAGCCUAUUUCUUCUCUAAGAUUUUCUGUGAUGUCAUUCCCAUGAGGCUGUUCCCGGUGGUCAUUUUCUCUCUUGUAACGUACUUCAUGAUUGGUCUAGAGGAAGGAGUGGAUAAGUACUUUAUCUACCUAUUGAGUCUCUUCUCUGUUGCCAUGGCAGCCUCUGGCUUAGCUUUCUUCUUCAGUGCCCUGGUUAAGAUUUUUGCCAUUGCCAACCUAUGCAUUGCUCUGAGCUACGUUUUUAUGAUGGUGUUCAGUGGUCUCCUUAUUAACAUAGCAUCAAUCGCGGAUUGGCUGAGGUGGAUUAAGUGGGUCAGCAUUUUCAGAUAUGGACUAAAUGCAUUAAACAUCAAUGAACUGAAAGACAAAAAUUUCUACAAUGGCACUGUUGUGUGCGAGUCUGGGAAUGCUUACUUGAAUGACCAGGGAAUCGAGUACACUACGGACUUCGAUCUGUGGCAGAACAUCAUGGCUCUGUUAAUUUUCUCAUUUCUCUUCUUGACUCUGACCUACAUACGAUUGCUCACAAUGAAUAAGUUACGUUAAUUGAAAUAAAUGUGAUGAAUGGGCCAUGUGUAAACAGGCACGAGUGUGUAGUUGUGAUGCUUGCCAGAAUAUUAGACUGACUUUCCUGAGAUUUUUUAUUCUCGUUAUUUACUACAGAAAGUAAUCGGUGCAUAAUGUACUAGAGAAAUUUUAUUGUUUUUGUGAGUACAAUGUAGUAUUGUAUUGUAGUUUGUGGUGUUUUUUUUUUUUCAUUUUUAGGAAGGAUAUCCAUGAAUUUUUAAAAAUAUUAUAUCAUUUACAUGUAUAAUAAUCUGAAUGAUGUGAGGCUGGAUGGUUUUGGUGAUAUUAUACAAGUUUUUAAGAAUUGUCCAUUACUUACAUUACUACAGAAUAGUGACAAUUGGUCUUCAGGGAGAUGACAUUGAGCUAUGUUGUGUGUACAAGUGUUCAUUUUAAUUGGAGAGUCUUGUGUGCAUGUUUUCAUUUUAUUGUACUUGAUAAUUAGGUAUGUUUUGACCUGAUUACAGAUUUGCCAGUUUGGGUAGUUACCCCAUUUAAUUAAGGUCUUCCGUAACAACGGAAGACCUUCUACUGAUUGUGCUGGUUAAGAUUAUUCUUAUUAUUCUUUUUUCUCUUUUUCCUAGACGCUAACUUUGAAGCUUCAUAUCUCGCUCAUUUCUGCAUGGAUUUUGCUCAAAUUUUCAGGGUUUAUAAACUUUACAGAACACUUUUAAAAUCAUUUCAGAAAUACCCUUCUGUUCACGAGUUAUUCCCCUUUGAAUGAAAUUUUAGGGGCUUUGGUUUCCAGACAAAGGCUCCGAGACUGUAAAAGCUUGAGCAGAAAAUGCAUUGAAAAUGAAAAGUAGGAGCAUUGUAGUUGUGCACAUCGUUUUUUGUUUUUUAAUUACAGUGUUCGAAAUGGUGGUUGACAGGGUUCAAAAAUAAGGACGCCUAAAGGAGCAAAAAAUUACACAUAUUUUCCUUUGUAUCUUUUAAACUAAAAAUAUUUUGUUAAGACAUGUAGAACAAAAGUUGCGCAAAAUGUUAAGAGCUUUCUUUUGAUAUCCCUAAAAAGGGGCUGGCCCCUUCAAUUAGGGAUCUGGUGAUCUUCAAAGUUUUCGCUUUAUAACUCCAAAACGGUAAAUAUUUCGAUAUGGCUUUCGCUGGAAAAGUUGUUUUUUAACAUCUUAUUGAUCUCAUAAACAUAAUAUUUUGCUGGAGUAUUGUGUUAUAUAUGAGUAAAAAGCUUGACCCGCAAACAGGUAACCGUAUCAUUAAGUAGGUGAAGGGGGGAAAAUAUGGUAUAACUUAAAUAAACUUGCUUUAAUUGAUAAAUCUGACUUCAUGAAAUGCUAAUAUUCUUUUAAAAUAAGGUUUUAACGUGAUCUAUAGUUCCUUUAAAAAUCAUCUAUCGACAACUUUCUUUUGUUAUUAUUUAGUAACUUUAAUAUAAACAAUCGUUCCAAAGAAAAAAGAGGAAAAGGUUAUCUCUUCUACAUUUGUUAUUAAAACAACGAUAUAUUUGAUUGAAGAAACAAACCUUCAAGCAUAGAAUAACUCAGUCAUUAACUACACGCAUCUUACAUACACCGCGGGGUUUGUUUUUGUUUACAAUUGCCUAACCGCCUCGAGGAACCAAGCGUGUGAACCAGGGCAUGUACACAAAGUAAACAUUGUCGUCCUGAAUAUAACACAGAAUGUUAUGUUUUUUAUUGUAUUGGAUUUUUAGAAUAAUUCAGUCUUUCCGGGGAUGUAUACACUUGUUUUUACGUCCCUGGUCUUACGUUUGAUUUGUUUUAAAUUCAAAACUCUAGAGCAUUGAGUCAGGCAUCAAUUUUAAAAUCUGCAAUUUAAUAUACAGUUCGUUUCUCAAUCUUGUCUAAUUGAAUGUGUGUUUAAUAUCGGAGAUUCAUCGCUGCUGGACUAGCGAUCUGUGAUUUCACACUACUCUAACUGAAUACACAAGCUUUACUCAAAUUCUUCGUUGUGAAAAGGAAAAUGGAUACAUUUUACAAACAUAACGAAUUAUUUCUGAACAUGUUUUGAAAUCAAUAGUUUAUAAUCAUGAUUAAACCAAAUCUAAACAUGCGUAUAGAAUAUUCAGAAACCCAUAGCCGACCAGUCUCAUUUCAAAUGAUUUGUUGUUUUAUUGUUUAAAAACAAUGACUUUGAUUAAACAUUGAUUCAGAACUCCUGGUCCAAAUUAUGUAACUUCAGCACGUGUCCUUAGCGUGAAAUUCAUACCCGACUUCUGUGCGCACUGUGUACAUAAUAUACCUACAUGUAUUUACGCAGAUAAAUAUUAAAGUUUUAAAAAAUAUUCAAAAUUUGAGAGCAAUUUAUUUGAUUGUAUGUAUAAAUAAUUCAAACUCGAUGAAUUAUUCUCUUCAGUUUUUCAUGUUAACUGAAGCUGCAUUAGGACCUGACCCAAGGACAUUGGUAAAAUUCAAGGUUUUUAUGUCACACAGCUCCGACGGAAGACCUCUCGUUGCUUUGCAACGAGCUUUGCUCUAGUUGUGGUUGAUGAUUGUAAGUUUGGAAGUUUUAUUUUGUGUAUCCCAUUGCAACAAAUUUGUAUGGGAAAACAUUGUCAGACAUCCUUCGCAGAACACUAUUUCAGAUUCAAGUCUCAUAGCCGCUACGGUGAUAAAUCAAGGUCAUAAUAAAAAAUUUAUGGACACCACGUAGAAUAUCAUUUAAAAUCCUGCUGUUAAACUUAGCACUUUCUUCAAAGAUUUUGGGUGGGAAGGAGAUGUUCUUUAAUUCCAUUGUUUAGGUUAUAGUCAACAAAUGUAUUCCAAUGAAUUAAACGACACUAUGUUACAAGGGGAUAUUUUGUUUUGCGACACUCUUGUUAUGCAUUUAUAGAAAUUGUAUUAACAACUGACAGCAAGUUUUGUUUUAGAUUACAUGUAUCCCAGUGAUAUAACUUUACAAUUGUAGUGCUGUUUUAUUGUUUUGAACUGACGUAUAUUUUAACCCUAUAUUUGUAAACUUAUUUUGAUCAUGGUUACAUGACUUUAUAAGUAAAAGGAUGACAUUGUCCUUUCGAGACAAAGGGAAUUCAUUUGAUAUACCUCUGAAACUUUAAACUGUUCAGUGAAUGUAAUUUAUAUACAUGUUGUAAAUCCCAUGUAAAUUUAGGCAGACAUUUUUGUUUUAACUUUUAUUGUAUUACAACCCCAAUAAGUUCCAUGAUAGAAAACCACAUGACUGUUGAAAUGUGAAGCAACUUUUGCUACAUGUAUGUUAUGUGAAGUAUUUACAUUCCAAUGUGUUUUUCCAAUGAAAGUACAUUGCUA